ACAACAACAACAACAAGAACAACAGCUCCUCGCGCCGUAAACAAUACGUUUUUGCUAUCUUCAGGGCGCUCAUCUCAUCGCGCGCGAGGUCGCUGUGCUGUCGCCGGAAACGUCGCCAUCGGCCCUCACCGGUUUCUUUCAACCACGGCCCCGCAACCUGCUUUUGGCCCCCACCAGCUCCCCGCUUGGCAGCGUCUCUGUGUGCAAACUGCGCAAAUUCAGCAGCAUACAGCUCCGUGCAAAGUGCGAUAGCUGGACUGGGUGAGUAUUCGGCUCAACUUCAUCUCGAGUGCGCACAUACAGACGCUUGGGUUAUGUGGGUGUCGUAUCCAAGACCACCAAUCAUAUCACACCGCUCGAGAUCGCUUGAUACGCGUCAAAUACGCAGACGAAAACAGCAUCAACCGGGCGACUACACCUGAGGCACAUCGCUACAGAAUGGACAACACAGGCGAUUACAUCCAGUCCCAGUUCGCCAAGGCGCUGAGGACCCAGAAAGGAAAGGCCGAACUGGCUGCCACUAGUGUGCAUCGUUGCCCGUAUCCAGAGCAUGAGGGCCGUGUAUUCCAAACCUUUGAGCAAUUAUACCAACACGGCAAGGCCGAACAUUCCUCCGACUUUGAGGGGCUGCACUUGCAGCAUGCGCGCAGGAAAAUCCGGGAACUGGCUGCAAAAUACAGGCCAUGUGAUCAUUCGUCCAACGCAACCGCCGGCGACCGGUCUGCCCUUGACAUUGGAAACCUCACCAUAGACUCGGGAAAAGCACUUGGUACAAAUUCGCCUCCAUUGGGAAAAAAACGGCCAGCAGACCAAGAGGCGGUGGCUGACUCGGAUUAUUCAAGAAAAAUUCCAUACACCGUUCCUGGGGAUAGGACAAGGCCAAAGUCACAAGAUCCUCGGCUCUUCGACCCAAAGCAAGAUACCAAAGGCGCCUCAUCUCCUUACCACUCUACGCCCGAGCCAUCAAGCGAGUGGUCGGCCGAAGCUACCAAAAGCAUUAACUUCCAGUCUCCACAAUCUAAAUCCCCGGCUCACGUACAACAACGAAGCGCCCCCCAACCCCGCAAUGCUCCUCGCCAACCAGGCAUCAUUGAGCUCCAGCGCCAUGACCCGCGUUAUCCUGACUUGUUAAUGCAACCUGACAGUCGUCCUAUUUCACAAGAGCAACUUGCAUCUGAAGUCAAGAGCAUCUACGCUGGGCUCACCAUGGUCGAAACUAAGUGUAUACAUGUUGACCGCGCCCAGGUGGCUGCAAUACAGGACCCUAAUACAAAGCUGCCACCUGACCACUGGCAGGCAUUGAUUGCCCUGCAUCGUACGCUCUUACAUGAGCAUCAUGACUUCUUUUUAGCUAGCCAGCAUCCUUCUGCCUCGCCAGCUCUGCGUCGUUUGGCUAUCAAGUAUUCCAUGCCGGCCCGUAUGUGGAAGCAUGGCAUACACUCAUUUUUGGAGCUACUGCGGAGACGUCUUCCUGAUAGUAUUGAUUACAUGCUGGCCUUCAUCUAUUUGGCGUACCAGAUGAUGGAUUUGCUGUACGAGACUGUCCCCGCCUUUGAAGACACCUGGAUCGAGUGUUUGGGUGAUCUUGGGAGGUACCGCAUGGCAAUCGAGGAUGAGGACGUCCGUGACCGCGACACUUGGGCUGGCGUCGCGCGAUCUUGGUACACAAAAGCAGCAGACAAGAACCCGACUGUGGGACGAUUAUACCAUCAUCUGGCAAUUCUGGCGCGUCCUAACGCUCUCCUGCAGAUGUAUUACUAUUCUCGGUCUUUGACGUGCGUUCGGCCGUUUGGAAACGCACGUGAGUCAAUCCUGACGCUUUUGGAUCCUAUCCUCGGUCGCAGUACCGCCAGCUUUACCCACGCCCUCCCGAUUGAUUCCAGCUUUAUUAAAUCACAUGGCCUCCAGUUUUCGGGAUCUUCGGCAAAGGAGGAGGAGCCAUCAGACGAGUUCUUGGGGGCCAAGGCUGAGUUCCUAGACAACCUCGACAAUCACAUUGGUCGAGUGGCCGCAAAGUGGAAGGACCAGGGCGUAUACAUUGCUGUUACGAACAUUGCCGGCUUCUUCAAUUAUGGAACUGACAGCAAUGCCUUGCGGCAAGCUUUCCUCAUUGAGCUCUCAGCCAAAACAGACAACUCGGCUUCCACCACUAUCGAAGACAUGCCACGCACAGCGUCCACAGUCGACCAGCAGGAUCCCCUUCAGCCUACCGUCGCACCAGGCGAGAUCAACGAGCACCUCACCCAGCUUGCCUCGCGACGGACCUUUAAGAACGCUAAACUUCUCUUCAACGAUACGUUUGCUCUUGCUCUCCGUCGUCUCGGCGACAAGAACGUGCUUCCUCACGUGCACAUCACGCUUUGUUUCCUUUCGUCGCUCGCUUCCUUCACUUCCAGCACAUACGUCCCCACGCUCAACAACGACAUUCCCUGGGCCGACCUGGCCGCCUACCUAAACGCACUCUUAAAAAUCGAAGAAAACCACAUGCAAACACCUUCUCAGAACACGACUGCAGACAUCAACGCCCUGCUCGCUGCAAACUUGUUCCCGGCAGCCGACGAACGCAAAGACGAGCUCCCGCUUCCCGAAGAUUAUCUCGUCAGGGGACUCGUCUGGGUAGAAGACUACUUUCCCAAGAAGUGGUUUGACAGGGAGCUGGACGAGGAGGAGCGAUACCUCGAGCUGGCAAGCACAGUCAAGAAUCGUAUCAACAGGGUGUUGAGGCUGGGCUAUACACUUGCAAAGUACAACCGAUGGAUCUCAUACGACAUGGACACACAUACAUUUUCCGUUGUGGCUCCUCCUGCGGAGUGA